CUCAACUCCCAUUCGACAUCUCUAAUUCCCCUGAACCAAACACGCUGCCCUCAGCCAGCGUCGCGUUUCCAUGGGUGACAAAUUACCGAGCUAUCCCCGAGAUCGCGGCACGGGGCGAAGCUCCUUCUCAACCGAGCAUGGAUCGGCGCGACGGGGCGGGCAAUCGGGGCCGGAGCUACGCGCGCGGCAACGCCCGAGGCCGAGGAUGGCCGGGCCGGUGUGAAGACCGCGGCCGCCCCUCCACACAACCUCCUCCCUCCACCGCCCCCGCCGCCGCGGUCAUCCCCAGCGACGCCCAGCCGAUCGUGGGCACCUGUCCCGACAUGUGCCCGGCUACAGAGAGAGCGCAGAGGGAGCGGCUCCGAGAUCUGGCCGUGUUUGAGCGUGUGAGCAGCGACCCCAUGCGCACGUCCCAUUCCCUCGCCGUCAAGAAGUUUUGCAGAACUAUCUCCUCUACCGGCACACAGGCAUCAGAUAUACGCCCUCUUCCAGUCUUACGAGAAACGAUGGAUUAUCUUUUGCAUUUACUAAAUUCUUCAGAGUACCCAUUUGAGAUUGUUCAUGAUUUCAUAUUUGAUAGAACAAGGUCUGUGAGACAAGAUCUUAGUAUACAGAAUUUGGUGAAUGAUCAAGCUAUUCGCAUAUAUGAGGACGUGAUAAAGUUUCAUAUUCUGUCCCAUCAAAGACUUGCGAGGUCUUGCCAGAAUUCUGAUGCAUCUUCCUUGUGUUACCUGAACACGGAACAAAUGAUGAAAUGCCUUCUUUCUCUGUUUGAUAUGUAUCAUACAAUUCAUAAAAUCAAUUCCCAAAGCAAUAAAGAGGCCGGGUAUUAUUCCUUCUUUGUGCUUCUACAUUUGGGUUGCAAGAUACCCAAUAUGGCAAACUCACUCUCUUUUUGGUACAGCCAAUUACCAGCUUCAAUAGUACGAUCAAAGGAAAUGAUAUUUGCUAGAACUAUAUUGAGAUGCUACCACCUUGGGAAUUUCAAGCGUUUCUUUUGCAUGAUAGCAGCUGAAGCAACCGAGCUUCAGUUGUGUUUGGUAGAACCUUUCCUCAAUGAGCAAGAAUACUCAUCAGGUCAGGGACAAAUGAUUAUACGAUGAGGAGCGCUCCCCACCCGCCCCGCUCCUCCUAGCUCCCCCGCCCGCUUCGUCCCAGCCGCCGGUGAAUCCCCGCCGGUAGCCCUCCUACCUCCCCCCUCCCCCCACCCCCCCUCCCCGAGGCCAUGGCGACCCCCAGUGCUGACCCUGCCGACCGCCGGGCGACCCCCUCCGACGACCGCGUGUCCCUUGGCGGCCGCUGGUCCGACUCGGAGGGCGAGUCCUCGACGCGCUCGUACAGCGAUGUCGCACGCUCCCCGCCGACCGCCCCCACGCCGCAUGCGCUCCCAACCCCCGCUCAUGCCGCUGCAACAGCUGGGCAGCCUGCCGCGAGUCGCCUCAGCCCCCGCUCCAAGGUUUUCCGCGCCCCUGGCGGCGUCCAGGUCGACGCGGAAGGCUACCAGCUUCCGCGGCGUCGGAAUCGCCGCCGCCGCCCUCGCCAGGAGGCCUUGCCUUCCCCUCCUCAGCCCCGACGACGCAGCCCCUCGCCGGAGGAGGUCGCCGGCCUCUGCUUUCGCUGUUUGGACCACCGUCAUCGGGUGCGGGACUGCACCAACGACGUCCGCUGCCGCCGCUGCCUCGAGUCCGGCCACGAGUCGCGCGCCUGCGACGCCCGGCGCCGGGAAGACUCCCGGGCCGACUCCGGCCGCUCGGGCCCUGCUGUUCGCGGGGCUGCGCCUCGGGCCACAAUGCCGUCGCCGCCACCACCUGCUGCUCCGGUGGUCCGCGCUCCCUUGGCUCCCGCCCCCGCACCGGUGCGGGUCAUCAUGUCGCACUCGGUUGAGAUGGAGGAGGCCGAGGUGGUUCUCACCCGCGCGAUGGUGGCCUCCAUUACUGGCAACAGGCAACCCGUGUCCGCUGCCGAGGUCGCCGACGUGCUCAUUUCCUCCCUCGAGCUCGUCGACGGUGACUUCACAGUUCACGUCCAUCACCCCGAAGAUUUUCUGAUCCUCUUCAACUCGCGCUCGACCAUGGAUCGCCUCAACGGUGAUCACUUCAUCCGCUCCCCGCGGUUCUCCCUCUCCGUGCGGCCCUGGAGCAAGCUGGCUCAUGCGGGCUCCGGCCAGUUCGAGCACCGCGUCGAGCUUGAGCUCCAGGGCAUCCCUGCUCAGGCAUGGCACCUCUCGACGGCCGAGCAUAUUCUUGGGGAGAGCUGCUAGAUUGAGAGACUCCACCCCGGCACGCGUUCUAGGGCUGAUUUGGCCGUCUUCCGGCUGGCAGGGCGCACGCAUGAUCCUGCCAACAUCCGCCGCGCCGCCAUCCUGGAAAUCGUGGAACAGAUCCCCGCGCGCGUGGGCUCGGAGGCGCCUGCCAUCCGGACCCUCACCUACCCGAUUUCCAUCGCGCUGGCCCGUGCGGAGAGGAUCGGCGCCCCAGCUCCCCGUGCUGGCGCUGGCGACGGACCGGCCGGCGGUGGCGCCGGUGAUGGCGACGGCCCUGCUCGUGGCAGGGGCCCUGGCUGUGCGUGUCGCCGCGGCCGCAAGCGUCGACGCUCGGAGGCGCCGCCGGCCGGCCGGGCUGAUGGCAUGGCCGUCGACUCCCUGGGGUGGCGGGUUGGGAACCGCGCUGCGCGCACCGACGGUCUGUCCGUCGCGUCUGCAUGGCCCGCGCCGCCCUCCGCGGUUGCGCCGCCGUCCGUACACCGUCGCGGCUGCGCCAUAGAGUCCUGGCCUGGGCAGCGUGGUCAGCUGGAGCAGCAGCGCGAUCAGCAUGGCCCCACCAACAUGCGUGGCCGCGCCAGAAAAGGGAGGCGCAAAAGAAAGCCAAAGCAAGCUUUGGCAGUGGCCCAGGCGGGCAGGGCCUCUGUUGCUGCAGGAGAUGACGGAGAUGCGCGAAGGACGCCUGUCGGUGGCCCCCUGCCUGGCCCCUCGGCUGCUCCAAUCCCCAGCGUGGAGCCAGGCCACGGACCAAGUGGCACGCCCCCAUUCGCGGAGAACACUUCGGAAGGAUCCCGAGAUUUGAAUCUCACACCAUCGGAUGCCCCCGAGGAGGAUUGUAUGGGCCCUGGUUCUGAUGCUCCUGAUCCGAGGAAUUGUCGGGAUCUGCCCGAUAUGCGCGUGGGACCAACCUCACAGCCUGUGCCGGCCUGCUUGUCGGGGCAAAGCGGCGUCUCGCCUGCACCCCCACCUGACGACGACCCUAUCCCCGCUGACCGGUCCUUCGGGCCCCAUGCGCGCGUCGUGGGUGGAGGAGAGGAGCGCCCCACCUCGUUCCCCCAGGCCAAGGCCUCUCUACCGCCCCAGGCCCAGCCCAUUGAGGACACUGGGCUCUCGCCCCAGGUGACUAUUCUGCAGAGGCCACAAAGCCCGAUCACCGCAACGGGACUCAACUUGGAGGCCCGCACGCCUGCGAGGGCCCAACUGGGGACGAAUCUGCCUGCUGCCGAGCGCUUCGCAUCCCCGCCGAUCACCAUGCGCCGUUCCCGCGCCCGUCCCGCUGCGCCAAGCUCCCUAACGUUGGGGGAAUUUCUGGCCGCAUGGUGGGAACAUGUAGGCAUUUGUACCCUUUCUGAAGGGAACUAUACCCAAGAAAAACACACUUUUUCGACCAAAACUCUAGCUUAUGUUUGUUAUAUGGACGCAAAUGAGGCCAACAUGCACACCCGAAGACUUUGAGAAAGGUGUAGUCUGGGAUUUCAUUGAGCAAGAGUUCAAGCGGAGUUUUCAUAUUCAGUAGUCGUGAGGGCAGCCUAUUGAUCAAAAAACAGGCAGUGGAGAAAGCAUCACUCCAGAACCUAAAAGGUACGGAGGCAUGAGCUAAUAAAGUAAUGCCAGUUUCUACAAGAUGACGAUGCUUACGUUCAGCAGUCCCAUUCUGCUGAUGUGUAUGAGGACAAGACACACGAUGUGCAAUCCCAAGUUUGUUAAAGAACGAGUUGAGGUUGUGAUAUUCACCCCCCAGUCGCUUUGAACAUGAAUAAUUUUCUAGCUAAGGAGACGCUCAACAUGUGCUUGGAACUGUAGAAACACAUCAAACAUAUCAGAUUUUUUCUUAAUAAGAUAAAGCCAAGUAAACCGACUAUAAGCAUCAAUGAAACUGACAUAAUAAUGGUGGCCACUGACAGACGUUUGGGCAUGACCCCAUACAUCGGAAAACACAAGUUCAAGAGGAUGUUUCACAACACGACUAGACUCUGAAAACGGGAGUUGGUGACUCUUGCCCUGCUGACAGGCAUCACAAAUAGUUUCAGCAGUUUUAUUUGGCACAACCGGUAGUUCAUGACGAUGCAACACAUGACGGACUAUGGGAACAGCAGGAUGACCAAGUCGCGCAUGCCAAUGUGUGGGUGAGACACGAACACCACUGAACGCCUGAGGAGAAAACUGCAUGGGAGGUGCAGUCGGCGCGUCAAGUGCAUACAAGCCACGGCGAAGACGACCGCUAAGCAGAACGACCCUCGUGUGCCGAUCCUUGAUAAAGAAACAAAAAGGGUGAAAUUCAGCAAGGACAUUAUUGUCACGAGUAAGUUGUGGAACAGACAACAAACUACGCGUAGCAGUGGGAAUACAAAGAAUAUUAGAAAGAUGCAGUUUUCGCGAAUUGUGUGCAAGAAGGGAUGCCUGACCAACAUGGGAGAUGCGCAUACCUGCUCCGUUUGCGGUGUGCACCUGAUCAUGGCCGUGAUAUGGCUCCUGAGUGGAAAGCUUGCCCAUGUCGUUGGUGAGGUGGUUCGUAGCUCCCGUGUCCAUGUACCAUGUAGGAUCAAUCGAGUAGGAUGGAGUACGUCCGUGCUCAUGACUCACGACCGCAGCGGCCGCCUGUUUUUCAUUCCCCUUGCCAUUGUUGCCUAGGCCAAGGAAAUCUUGCUUGUAGCGGCGAUGACAGCGAGAAGCUAUGUGGCGCUCAAUGCCACACAGUUGGCAGGCCUGCUGAGCACCGCAAUAGGGGCAGCAAGCCACCGGUUGUGAUCCGCCUGUGAUGGAUGGCGCGGUGCCCCGCGAAGUCUGCUGAGAUGGAGCUGCCGGCUUGGCAGGGAGCGACGGCUUCUGUGAUUUGCCACGGGUCGCGGCAUUAGCGGAGGCAAAACUCGAAGCAGUCCGACGCGCUUUGAUGCGCUGUUCGCGACCAAGAAGACGCACGUACAGUUCCCGUGGCGGGAUAGGAGCCUCGCAACCAUGGACGUUCUCAAUAAGAUUAUCAUAGUCAUCAUCGAGGCCAUUGAGCACAUGGGUGGUGAAAUCCUCAUCUCCGAGGGGCUGGCCAAUUGAGGCCAACGUAUCUGCAAGACCGGACAUCUUGUUGAAGUACUCCGUGAUAGUGAGGGCAUCAAGCUUGGCCUCCCCCAACUCAGUGCGGAUAGAGUGAGCAUGCGCCUGAGACUGAGAGGCAAAACUGUUGUGAAGCGCAGACCAAGCAUCCCAAGAUGUCACAGCGAAGAUGACAAGCGACGAUACGCUCGGAGUGAGCGAGGACUGAAUGGCAGAAAGUAUCGCCUGGUCUUGAGCCACCCACACAUGAUGAGCCGGAUGAUACGGCGGCGGACACGGGAUGGAGCCAUCAACAUAGCCCUCCAAGUAGCGACUCCGGAGGAGGGGUAGCACCUGCGCCCGCCAUGACAAGUAGUUUUCCGGCGUAAGCUUCACCGGAAGGAGAUGCGAGAAGUAAAACGGCGAUGGCGUCGGAGCAUAACUCGCAGGAGCAUGUGUCGGUGGCGCAUGAAGGCCCAUCAUCGGAUCAGCAACAUGAGGAGCAAGCGCCAAAGACGCCUCAUAGCCAGGAGCAGCUGGGGCAUCGACCGGAUCGUGCGGGAUUCCCGAGGACACGACGGGUGCAGCACCGUAAGCCGCCCCAUAGGGCUGCAGAUGCGACGGAGCCACCUGAGAUGACGGAAGCCCUGACCCGUAGGGUGAUGCCGGCCAGGCAGGGGGCAGCGGUGGCGCAGCGCCAUAUGUUGAUGCAGGGGCGCCGUACCACGGGGCGUAGGACUGGGGCGCGCCAUAGGGUUGAGGGGCGCCAUAGGGCGGAGGGGCGCCGUAGGGCUGAGGCGGAGCCACCCCAUAGGCAGUCGGCGCAGGGCCACGAAGCAGCGGCGGCGCCAAGGCGAUGGUCGAGGGAGUAGCGCCGCUGGCGGCGAUCGGCGACUGCAGAUUGCCCUGCCAUCCCUGCUCCUGCCCGCCCUGCUCGACCAGAGGGCCCGCGGAGGGUCCGCCGGGUAGCGGAGGCUGCCGCCAGGUUGUGGCGAGCGGGGGCGAUGCAUGGAAGGUUGACGAGGGGGCGAUCGGCGCGCCGGCGGUGGAGGCAGCCGGGGCGGCGGCGGGGUUGGAGGAGGCCAUCGCGGCGGCGGCGCUAGGAGGUGCAGCGGAAGACACAAAAACCUUAGUCUGAUACCAUGUUAAACCAGAAUAUUGGGCAACUGCUCGACACCCUUAGGGGGGUGCGGCUAUCUCAUUUGGAGGAGGCCAUCGCGGCGGCGGCGCUAGGAGGUGCAGCGGAAGACACAAAAACCUUAGUCUGAUACCAUGUUAAAACCAGAAUAUUGGGCAACUGCUCGACACCCUUAGGGGGGUGCGGCUAUCUCAUUAUAUAUAAGUACCAAAGGGUACAAGUACAAGGUGUAUACACAAGUCUACGUAUAAACAAGUCUACGUAUACAUAUACAAUCUAACAGGGAUUUCAGGGGAUUUGGUGAAUCCCCCUCUUCCACCCAAUCCCCUCAGGUCCCCUUGAAACCUCAAAUCCCUCUCCAGCCACAAUCCCCUUCAUAUAAAACAUUGUUUGGUAGGCAGAGAUCGCCCUAUUGAGUUAAAAAGGUGUAAAACAGUUAAAAAUCCAAAUCUUUACAGGUUAAAUAGCAUCAUAGCUAGACAAACUUGCUAUAAAAUUGUGAAUGACACCUAAUAAAAAUGUGACAGCAGUUCUUCACAUCAAGAACAUAAUCUCUCAUAGCAGCAUGACUUGAAACCAAUAAUAUCUUCAUAGCAACAUGAUCUUUCACAACGCCAAACAUAAUGCUAUACAGGGUACUUUUGCAAUCGCUCACAAUCAAUUAUAUUUUUACAGACUAAGCAAGGAUGAGAAUGAUGUUGUCAUACAGAUGAAUUGCUCUUACGAUGUCAUGAUCAUCGAGUUUUUGAAUGGCCAAAAGUUUGUCCAGCUUGCUUCUCUAGAGCCUGCUAAAACAAAAGGAGAUGAGCUUUUUAAAUAGGCCAACAAGUCAGACAGAUGACUAGUACAAGAAAGCUAAAUAGGCCAACCUAUGUUCUAGUACUCUCUACUCACAACAGUUCGCUCAGCGAAUUACAACAUUCAAAUACACACAGAUGCAACGACUAGAAGUCAUCGUUCAAAGCAAGAUCAUUUCCACACCCAAAAAUUACCAGGAUUAUCCCUUCAUAUGCGAAACAUUGGCGAGGAUAGCGAGGACCUGGACACGUGUGGCGCCACUAAGCAAUGUGAUAAGGACAUCUACAAUAGUUCAGACAAUUAAUCUCUCUAUGACACCUACAGACAGUGAUAUAUACAAAUCAUACAGUAAUCUAUCUAUGAACAACAAGAUAUACUAGUACGUAUGUGGAAAAAAAUAAGUGCAGAAAUCUUGCAAGCAAAUAUGCUUAGACAUGAAACAACCAGAUUAAUUAAUGGGGGUGCUCUGCAAGCAAGUGAUAAGAUGAAAAAAGUUACAUGUAUUAUGUAUCUCUACUCCUAAUGUCUCAGUCCGUAGGCCGUUCGUUGGUUUCGUUCGUUUCCCACCAAGCGAUCUCCCUCCCACCGAUUUUCCCCCUCCCUCCGAAAACCAACAGUGGUUUUAAUUCAUCACCAAACCCACACGUCCCAUGUUAAAAAAAACCAAACCAACCCUUCCAUCCUUCCAGCGAUCGCACCCUUCCAUAUAAGGCACCAAUCAAAUCAUAUCGAAUGGUGGGUUUAAAACCUUCCAUCCAAAACAUAUCGCAUCACGAAAAGCUUUCAUAAACAACAACAAUGAAAUCGCAUUGCAAUCAAAUAUUUUCGCUGUUUCUGUAGAGAAUGAUUUGGUGCGUCGAUAAUUGAUUGAUCGUGCACUAGGCACAUAUAUAUAGGUACAAGGGGUGCGACCGGUAUCUUGUCUCCUAAGAUACACGUACAUACAGAGGGAGACAGAUACAACAGGCACUGCAUACAGGACCCAGACCUACGUACAUGUACACAUGUUCAACACCCCGCGCAGUCGAAGCGUCGCCGGUGACACAAAGACUGGACCGAAAGCCCUUGAAAGUCGAGGUGGGUAGUCCCUUCGUCAUUACAUCGGCGAACUGCUGAUCGGUGGGCACAUGUAGAACACGAACACGACCAAGUGCAACGUGCUCCCGGACGAAGUGGAUGUCGAGCUCGAUGUGCUUCGUCCGUCGAUGAUGGAUAGGGUUGGCAGCGAGGUACACCGCGGAGACGUUAUCGCAGUAGACGAGCGUCGCCUUGGUGACCGCACAUAGCAACUCCUGAAGUAGCUGUCGUAGCCAUGAACACUCCGCGAUGGCGUUGGCUACGGCGCGAUACUCGGCCUCGGCGCUCGAUCGUGAGACCGUGGGUUGUUGUUUAGAUGACCACGAAAUCAGAGAGGGCCCGAGGUAGACACAGUAGCCGGAAGUGGAGCGUCGAGUGUCGGGACACCCAGCCCAGUCGGUGUCGGAGUAGGCGACAAGGCUGGUGUCCGGCGAGGCCGUCAGGGUGAGACCCAUGGCUGUGGUGCCACAUAUGUACCGAAGUAUACGUUUCACGAGAGCCCAAUGGGUUUCACGAGGAGUGUGCAUGUGAAGGCACACCUGCUGGACAGCAUACUGAAUGUCCGGACGCGUCAGUGUGAGGUAUUGAAGCGCACCGACGAUGGAGCGGUAGAAGGGAGUGUCGGACGCUGGAGAGCCCUCGACGGAGGACACCUUAGCCUUUGUAUCGACAGGCGUGGAAGCAGGCUUGCAGUUAAGCAUGCCCGCUCGCUCCAGAAGCUCGUAGGCGUACUUCUGCUGGUGCAGGAAGAAGCCAGUAGCCCGACGCACGACCUCGAUGCCGAGGAAGUAGUGGAGAGCCCCCAAGUCCUUGUGGGCGAACUCGGUGCCGAGGCGAGCUGUGAUCUGCUGAAGAAGCGCUGGCGAGGACGCAGUCAGGAUGAUGUCAUCGACGUACAGUAGGAGGUACGCGGUGGCAGGGCCCUAGUGGUAGACAAACAGGGAGGCAUCGGACCUUGUGGACCGGAACCCCUGCUGCUGGAGGAAGGCCGCGAUCCGCUGGUACCAUGCCCGAGGUGCCUGCUUCAACCCGUAUAGAGAACGGGAGAGCAAGCACACGUGGUCCGGAUAGGCGGUGUCGACGAAACCAGUCGGCUGCUAACAGAACACCUGCUCGUCGAGAUGACCAUACAAGAAAGCAUUAGACACGUCGAGCUGGUGAACAGGCUGAGCGCGAGAAACAGCAAGCUGGAGAACAACGCGAAUCGUGUCCGGUUUGACAACCGGGGCGAAGGUGUCGGUGAAGUCCACGCCGGCGCGCUGGCGAAAGCCGCACACCACCCAACGCGCCUUGUAGCGCUCGAGAGAACCGUCGGGGCGAGUCUUGUGGCGGAAGACCCACUUGCAAGUGAUGACAUUGGCACGGGGUGGCCGCGGGACAAGCUGCCAUGUGCGGUUGCGCUGUAGGGCGUCAAACUCCUCACGCAUCGCAGCUAGCCAAUUCGGAUCCCGAAGGGCUGCGCGAGCAGAGGUGGGGAGCGGGGACGGUGUCGAGGUAGAAGUCGCGCACGCGUACUCGUCCGACGGGUAGCACGUGCUGGGACACAGCAUCCCAGUUCGAGCCCGAGUGACCACACCGAUGAGGGGUGCGGCCGCAGUGCCGGGGGCCGCGGCGACGGGAGCCACGACGGGGGCUGCGUCGGGGGCAGCUGCGGGAGCCGCAGCGGGGCCGGCCGAGGGGGCCACGGUGACGGGGGCCGCGAUGGGGUCCGCGGCGGGGGCGGCCGCGAGACCCGCAGCGGGGCCGUCCAAGGGGGCCGCGGCGACGGGCGCCGCGACGAGGUCCGUAGCGGGGGCCGCGGCGGGGGCCGCAGAGGAGGCCGCUGCGUCGGGGGCCGUGGCAGGAGCCGGGGGCCGCCGGCGCGGGGAGCGCGGGCAGGGCCGGACCCGGGGCGCGGCUGGGCGGUCCGCCAAAGGUGGGGGCAGGGACGAACCGCGCCGCAGAAGACUCCGAAGGUGAUGGUACCUGCUGAAACGGGAACACGUGCUCAUCAAAGUACACAUGCCGCGAAGUGAAAACGCGGUGGGAGACUGGAUCAUAGCACUGGUAACCUUUGGUGUUGGGAGGAUAUCCAAGAAAGAUGCAAGGAAGGGACCGGGGCGCGAGUUUGUGAGGAGCAGUGGACGCGGUGCUAGGAUAACAGAGACACCCGAAAAUGCGAAGACCAUCAUAAGAUGGAACCGCACCAAAGAGGAGCUGAUGAGGGGUGUAGUUCCAGCGGGAACGACAGGGGCGAAUGUUAAUGAGUAGGCUGGCGGUCGCGAGCGCGUCUGGCCAGAACCGAGGAGGCCCGUAGGAGUGAAAGAGCAACGUGCGAACACAGUCAUUUAGCAUAUGAAGGACGCGCUCGGCGCGACCAUUCUGCUGAGACGUGUAGGGGCAGGUGAGGCGAAAGAUGGUGCCGUGGGACGCAAGUAAAUUGCGGACGGCGACGUUGCCAAACUCCUUGCCGUUGUCAGUUUGCAAGGCGAGAAUAGGACGACCAAACUGUGUGGUGACAUAUGAAUAAAAGGCGGUGAGUGAGGCAAGAGCGUCGGACUUACAACGGAGAGGGAAGGUCCACACAUAAUGAGUAAAAUCAUCCAAUAUCACCAGAUAGUAUAAAUAGCCCGUGUUGCUAGCAACCGGGGGCAUCCAAACAUCACUAUGCAAUAACUGAAACGGAAAGGUGGAAAUGUUUGUAGACUCGCUAAAGGGAAGACAAACGUGCUUGCCAAGACGACAAGCCUCACAAGUGUGAUCGUCGACCUUAUUACAUGAGAAGAAAAAACUCUGAAGAAUCGGAUGCAUAACGGUGGAGUUGGGAUGACCAAGACGGGCAUGCCAAAGAUCGACACUGGCGGCGAAGGCGGCGGGGCGACGGGUGGUGGCGGCGCCGGAGGGAAUUGCGCAGCAGCAGCAGAGGCAGAGGGAUGUGGACGCUGCUCCAUGCCGCUCCACCUCUACUACAAGUCCGGCAACUCCGGCACCGAGCCCUACAUCGUCGCCCACGACUUGGUGACGGCCGGUUUGGACGAGGCGGGGAUCAAGCACCUUGGAGACCGCGUGGCUGGGGAGGAAGAUGCAGCAGCCAUGGCCGAUGGCAAACCAGACGACGAGGGGAAAGGAGGGGAGGCGAGGACUUACCACCAGAGAGAAGUCCAGUACGUCGGUGGAGGUACACCGGCGUCGAGGCGUCGGGCGACGACAUCCUGGGGAGGCGCCGGGCGGCGGAGUCUUGGAGAGGAGUCGGGCGGCGGCGACGUCUUCACGAGUCGAGUAGCGACAUCUCCUAAUCCUCGAGCCCCCCCCCUCGAGGGUUCUGAAGUGCAUGGGAAGACGUGGAUCGAAUGGGAGGCGAGGGGGUUGGGCCCAUGUAACCUCGCAUACCAAACAGUCCGACGGGGUUUUGUGAGGAUUCUGGGCCUCGCGGGGUUAAUCCCCUGAAAACCCCUCCGACCCAUGCGAAACAAACAAACGAGGCCUUGCUGGUCUGGAUGCUCUAAUGGUGAGCACCUUUUGCCGAGAGGAGGGAUGGUCUAGGUUUUGAAGACUGCAUGGUAGGCUUAGUUCCUGGUACUCCCUCCUCUUCUUUUAGUCCCCAUAUAAUUUUGUUCGAAGUCAAAGUAUCUCUAGUUUGACCAAACUUAUAGAAAAAAGUAUCAACAUUCACAAUGCCAAAUAAAUAUUUUUAGAUUCAUUACGCAAUGUAGUUUCAUGAAAUAUAUAUUUGGUAUUGUAUAUGUUGAUAUUUUUUAAUAUAUAUUUGAUCAAACUUUGUAAAGUUUGACUUGACACAAAUCUAAUACGCAGCAAAGUAAAAAGGACCGGAGGGAGUACAUUACCUAGGAACGGAGAGAUUUCUUAUGUUGGCGACGAAAUUGCCAAAAAAUGCAUUAGCACUAGGAACUCUGUCGGUGUGAAUGCUCUGUAUGGGCUAACAUCACCAAAGAAGCGGACUACGUGUCCUGAAAGAGGGGAUGCACCCAAAAAACCGCGGAGGCCUGGGAAGUGCAAGAAUUGCAGCAUGGAAGGACAUCGUCGAACCACUUGCACUAGGCGGAUGGGUGUUGCUGAAAUAUGAAAACUGAUUUUUUAUAAUCUGUAUUAUUGUAGUUCCGAGUAUUUUCUGGUGUUUUUCUGUGAGCUUUGCUCCACGCUUGUUCCUCAGUUAGGAGAGGCAUGUGGUAGAAUGUAAACUUAUGUUUGUUUCUUAAUAAUUUAUGACUUAUGCAUUUCGCAGACUGUAA